CACACAAAAAUAUGAAAGAUCCACACUUUCCAUUUUACUGUACCAAAAGUUUGCUGAAAGGCUGGCACAUUCUGUGAACUCAUCACCUACCACUGAUAACUCCAUAUCCCCCUCUCUCCUCUUGUCCCCUCCAUCCUCCUCCUCAUCCUCCUUCUCCUCCCUCCUGCUCCUCCUCCUUCUCCUUGUUGGUAGAUUAGAUAUUCUUGUGCCCAUUAGUUUUUAUUUGGGAUUGGGUCUUGGAGAAAGCUACAUUUCAGCUUAGAUUCAGGGAGGGAGCUUAUAUUUCCCCUCCCCUGUGCCUCUGUUCUUGGCUAUAUAACCGGUGGGCUCUCUGGGUCUGGAUUGAUUGUAGUUCCUUGGAAAUGUUCCUCAGCUGAAAUGGGCUGUCGGGUUCCUCUGUUCUUUAGAUCUGUGACUGUGGAUUGAUCUCCCCAGUUGGCAAGUUAGGACAUUUUUUCCAGUGCUUUGUCUCAGAGAUCUGAGUUCUUGAUGUUGCUUUCAAGGGAUUGAGGCAUUGAAGAUAUGGGCAAUCUUAAUGCCGAAUUAUCCAAGGAAACUUCCAUCUUCCAUCUUAAGGUUUGGGAACUCAUAGGAAUUGUAGUUGGGCUGUUCAUUGUCAUAAUUCUUACUGCAUUAUCAUCAUGUCUUACAUCGAGAAAAAAAUCGAGACGGGCAGGGGAGAAGCUUCCCUUCACACAAAUCCCUGCAGUUUCAAAGGAAAUCAAAGAGGUCCGCGUGGAACAAGUAUCAACGAGUGACUUUGCUCCUCGUGAUGGUAUACUUCUCACCAUUCAGGAUAAAUCAAGUGACAAAGAAUCCGAUAAAGUACUUCUCCAUCUUGGUGUGACGAAGAUUAACAGAGGCGACAAUAGCAGUCAGUCAGGAUCCUUCCAUCACUUGGACAAAGAUGGAUGUGGAUCCCAAUCGGGAGAAGAUUCAAACUCUAGCAUUUACAGGCCUUCCUCUUCUCAUCCCAUUACAGCCCCCUCUCCUUUGGUAGGCCUGCCUGAGUUUUCUCACCUGGGGUGGGGCCAUUGGUUCACUUUGAGGGAUCUCGAGCUAGCAACAAACCGCUUCUCAAAGGACAAUGUCCUUGGUGAGGGUGGCUAUGGAGUCGUUUAUCGAGGUCGCCUAAUCAAUGGAAAUGCAGUGGCUGUUAAGAAGAUUCUCAACAACGUGGGACAGGCAGAGAAAGAAUUCAGAGUGGAGGUUGAAGCUAUUGGGCAUGUGCGACAUAAAAAUUUAGUUCGACUUCUAGGGUACUGUAUAGAAGGGACUCAUAGGAUGUUGGUAUACGAGUAUGUGAACAACGGGAACUUAGAGCAGUGGCUUCACGGAGCUCUGCGACAGCAGGGAUGUCUUACUUGGGAGGCUCGCAUGAAGGUUCUUCUUGGAACAGCAAAAGCUCUAGCCUAUUUACAUGAGGCCAUAGAGCCGAAAGUGGUGCAUCGAGACAUAAAAUCGAGUAACAUAUUGAUUGACGAUGACUUCAAUGCUAAAGUUUCCGAUUUUGGCCUGGCCAAGUUGCUUGGUGAAGGAAAGAGCCACGUCACUACUCGUGUUAUGGGAACCUUUGGGUAUGUUGCACCUGAAUAUGCAAAUACGGGUCUCUUGAACGAGAAGAGUGAUGUUUACAGCUUUGGGGUAGUACUGCUGGAAGCAAUAACGGGUAGAGAUCCGGUGGACUAUGGCCGUCCUGCGCAAGAGGUGAAUCUGGUCGAUUGGUUGAAAAUGAUGGUGGGAAGCAGGCGCUCCGAGGAGGUGGUGGACCCAAACAUUGAAAUAAGACCAUCGACUAGGGCAUUGAAACGCGCACUCUUGACUGCUCUGAGGUGUGUUGAUCCUGACUCGGACAAAAGACCCAAGAUGGGACAAGUUGUCCGAAUGCUUGAAUCGGAGGAGUAUCCCAUUCCAAGAGAGGAUCGAAGGCACCGAAGAAAUCGUGGAGGAAGCAUGGAUAUUGAUUCGCAAAGGGAAAACUCCGACACGGACAGGAGUGAGAAUCCUGGUUCAAGAUCAGAGAGCCGAGAAUAUUCUCGAACAUGAUUGCUUUAACAGAACAAUCUCUGUGCCAGCAUGAUCAGCGUUUGAGAACCGGGGCUUAUGGUAUCUAAUUUUCCUCGUUGCUGCUGGUGCUGUGAAGAUUAUGAGGUCUAAGCGAUCGAGUGGCUCGGCAGUCUGAAGGGACUUAAUCAUAUUCUUUCUUCUUUAAAUAUUCUUUUUUUGCGGUUCCCUAUCUUCUUAAAUUUCUUUUGUAGAUGAAGAAAUUGAUAUGAUUGCUCAUGUGUGGAUCUUAGCAUAUUCGGUUGGGUAUGUACAGAUGGAUCCUACUUAGCAUUCGAAAGUAUUUGUUACUAUGACAAGUAUUCGAUCAAAGCUACCUCAUCUUUCCAUUA